UAACAAGCUACAGAGGAAUUGACUGCAUUCACACCUAUUCAGCACUGCGCAGAGCUGGAUCUCGUUGUUUUACUUUGCUAACAGUACACUACACAUUCAUCACAAUCAAACACCUUACUCUUAUGAGGAAAUGUUUAUCUGGUUAGUGAAUAAUAAUGAUAGAGUAGUCGUUUUGAGAUCGGCAACCAUGCCACAACGGAUUAUGAGUUGUUGCGUUCAUUUUUGGAAUUGAGACAAGGGCUUGAUCGUUGUGGGGGAAGAAAGUGGAACUUUCACCUCCCUAAAGGUUUUUACUUCAAUAAAGUGCAAAAAUUAUUUUCGUCAAAAUAUUUUGUUGCUUUGGUGCAAGCCUUGAACAGGACGGCGCCGGUGAAGGCGCGCAUCAGAAGAAAUGGAAAUGCGCUGUGCGCGAAAUGCUCAACUUUGAAGUACCAUAGACAUCAUUGAAGCGCACAGCCCUAUGGGCCAUUAUCUGAUCCAACCCCAUCCCCAUCUCCCCACCAUGAAUCCCCAAGGCUACACCUCCAUCCCUGGGUACUUCAACCUCUCCUCCCCUGCAGUCUACUCCACUGUCAACAACUACUCCAUGAACAAGUCAAACGACAGCGGCCCCUUUCAGGGAAGCAGCACCAUUAUCACUGCGGUUAUCUCAAUGACCGUGUUCAUGGUGGGACUUCUGGGUAACACCCUGGCCAUCUAUGUGGUCCUGCGCUAUGCCAAAAUGAAGACAGUCACCAAUAUGUACAUCCUAAACUUAGCCCUGGCGGAUGAACUCUAUAUCCUGGGACUUCCCUUCCUGACCACCCAGAAUGUCCUCUCCUAUUGGCCGUUUGGCGAAUUCAUGUGCCGUGUCGUCAUGACGGCCGACUCCAUCAACCAGUUCACCAGCACCUUCUGCUUGACCAUGAUGAGCAUCGACCGUUACCUGGCCGUGGUUCACCCCAUCCGGAGUGCCAAAUGGCGCCGACCUAAGGUGGCUAAGAUCAUCAACGGGAUGGUAUGGGCCGUGUCAUUCGUGGUGGUGCUGCCAGUCACCAUCUAUUCGGAUGUCCAGGACCGCUUCAACUCGUGCAACAUGAGCUGGCCGGACCCUCAGCAUCUGUGGUCGACAGCGUUCAUCCUCUACACCGUCAUCCUGGGCUUCUUCGGCCCCCUGCUGAUCAUCUGCCUCUGCUACCUGCUCAUUAUCAUCAAGGUAAAGUCUGCCGGGGCCCGGGCAGGCCUGACAAAGCGGCGGCGCUCCGAACGCAAAGUCACCCGAAUGGUUGUGAUCAUCAUACUGGUAUUCGUCCUCUGCUGGCUUCCCUUCUUCACCACAAACAUAGUCAACCUUGUCUUCAUCAUCCCAGAGAACAGUGUCACCGCUGGGGUUUACUUCUUAGUGGUUAUCAUGACCUAUGUAAACUCUUGUGCAAACCCGUUCCUCUACGGCUUCCUGUCAGACAACUUUAAGCAGAGCUUCAGGAAGGUACUUUGUCUGCAUAAGGCCAACGGGGUUGGGGUGGGAGACGGAGGGGAUAUGGAGAGGGGUGGGACAAAUACUAUAUCCCCUAGGCUGGAAAGGGUGGAGACCACGGAGCAGCAUGACCCCCUGUUCACCCCUGGGGGCAUGGACUUCAACAAUGUGCACAUGCAGAACAACCAGCAGUGUGUUCAAGUGGAGACUUGUUGCAACAUGAAGACGGAGCAUUUGCCCUCAGAGUGCCUAGUGAUUGAACAGUCUUCAUUAUGAUGAGCCAUGAUCGGUCAGUCUUCAUUGUGAUGUGCCUUGAUUGGUCCGUCUUCACUAUGAUGAGCCAUGAUUGGUCAGUCUAUGCUACGAUGAGCCAGUCUAUGCUACCUCUCGAUCACAACAACUGAUUCAGCAUCUGGAGCCCUCCUACAGUUACCCUAUAUAGCUUGGAGUGCUGACCUUUUUGGAAUAACUCAGGAAGAGGAGGUACAUGGGACUACAAACAUAAUUUCCUGUUCUGAAACUGACGACACACUGAACUAGUUCUGCCAUAACAGUCGGCAGUAUGGAACUAAGACAUUUAAAGCACAUUGCAUAAGCUAGGUGUCGUGAACCCAGUGAGAGCCUUAUCUUCCAUGUACAUUAUAACUUUCCACCAUACUCAUAUGAGAAAAGAAAACGAUUGAAAUGGGAGUGGAUGAACCUUCUCUAAAUUAAAAUGCACUGGACAAUUAAUUGCUUCUUUUGUUUAGAGGAACUGGUAUCAUUUGAUUGUAUCUGGCUAGGAAUGCUUAUCAUUUAAGGGGAUUGGCCUCUUUCUGAGCUUGGAACUAUCUAUUCCAUUAAUAACGAUGUAUCAUUGUGGGUGGAGUGUACUAAACUGAAUAUGUCCUUUGUGACUCUUGGCAUGUUUGUUCAUCUGGCGAUUCUCAAGAGAAGGACAAUGGAAGCACGCAACCUCCCAUCCUGUGACCAACUUCAGCGGCAAUCAGCAGUUGAAACAUUAACAAAGCAUACUCCCAGCCACUGUUUUGAUAAAAGCUAAGGGAAGAGCCUGGAGUAAAGUGGCGCUCCUAAAUUAAUAGCCAAAGCAUUGGAUACAAGGGCUGACAUUUCAUGAUUUCAAAUGAUAAUUGCAACCAAGUUUUUAGGCCAUACAGUGUUUGUUUACAUUUACAUUGUUUACAAACAUUGGAGUAAAAUAUCCAAAGAUUCUGGGUUUGUGUUAAUGAAGUACAGUACAACAGUUAUGUCUAAGAUAUUUGUCAAGAAUAAAUGGGUUUGUAUCAUUUAUUUAGCAAUUUAGUACUUAAGUCCAAAAAGUGAUGUGACAACUGCAUUACCUUUUUGUCCUUUUAAUUUCAUGGAUUUCAUGGAUUUUUCUGAUUUUAAACAGUUUAACUUGCUCAGUACAUCAUCUGCAACAAUCAAAUUUGUUUGUACUUGCUCGUAAUACCAAGUUGUGGAUGGUCUUUUCAUUACAGCUUUUCUCAAUCGCUUUGGCUGAUUUUUUGAAACUGUUGUAGAAUUCUCUAAACUGUAAGUGCAAGUGCAACUGUUUCAUGGGACAUCACAACUCUAUGGCAUGUUUGCAAAAUGUAGUAACUCACAUUUAUUUUGCUUCAAAACCUAGUUAUUGUGUCAGUAAAUUGGCCAGUGCCACCAUAAUUAAAAGCUUUUUGUCAUUGUGUGAGCCGUACUGAAUAAAAUGUUUAGAUGUUUUUUCACCAUGGCAGUCAAACCUGGAAAUGUUUGUUAUUCUGUAUAUACAUUUCAGUUUUGUCCUACGUUUCUAUUGACACUGACUGCUCAAAGUACUACUCAAAAAUUUAAAUCUUGUCUAGCUGAAUGCUAUUGUAUAACCCUGAGUUUUUAGAUACCAGUUUCAACAGUAGGUAAAAGUUUACUGGGAAAAGUAAAUACUGUACAAUACUGAAGUAGACAGAAAAAGAGUAUGCACAUUUGUAUGUAUACAGGAAAUUUAGCAAUGUGUUAUAUGUAAACAGAAAAAUCACAUUUGCAUGUACAAAUGUACAUAUUUUUUACACACAUUGGGGAGAACAAGUAUUUGA